ACUCAUCCAUUAAGUAAUGCCUGAAUCCCAGCAGGCUUGUAUACAUCUUCCUGUGUUUGACAUUUCUCAGCCUUUAAGUCCAUCAUCGCUCUCCUCCCUUUCUUUAGCUUGCAAAGAAUGGGGUUUCUUCCAUAUAAUCAACCAUGGAGUUUCCAAAAAUCUUUACAAGAAACUUUAUUCCCUCUCCAAUCAUCUCUUCAGCCUCCCUUGUGAGUCCAAGAUCAAGGUUGGCCCCUCGUCCUCUCUCAAAUCUUACACCCCUCAUUUCAUUGCAUCUCCUUUCUUUGAAAGUCUCAGAGUUUCUGGACCUGACUUCCAUGGUUCUGCACAAAGUUCCGCAGAACUUCUCUUCGAUCAUCCAAACCUUGAAUUCAGUGAAACACUGAAAGAAUAUGGCAACAAGAUGUCUGAACUAUCAAAAAGAAUAGUUAAGGCAGUGCUAAUGAGCUUGGGGGAAGAUUUCGAUACCAACUUUUAUGAAUCUGAUUUUAGCAACUGCCAUGGAUACAUGAGAAUAAACAAUUAUACAGCACCAGAGAGCGUGGAACAAGAAAAAGGAGUUGAAGGGCUUGGAAUGCACACUGAUAUGAGCUGCGUGACAAUUGUCUGUCAGGAUGAGAUUGGAGGGCUUCAGGUGAGAUCUAAGGAAGGGAAAUGGAUGGACAUAAACCCAUGUGAAGAUACUUUGGUUGUGAACAUUGGGGAUUUAAUGCAUGCUUGGAGCAAUGGCAAGUUGAGGUCAUCUGAGCACCGAGUUGUUCUAAAACGAUACGUUAAUCGAUUUUCUUUGGCCUUCUUUUGGUGCUUUGAGGACGAGAAAGUUAUUUUAGCACCUAAUGAAGUGGUUGGAGAAGGAAAUUUCAUGAUGUACAAGCCAUUUGUUUGCAGGGAUUAUUUGAAAUUCAGAGAAAGCUGUGAGAAAGGCAAGUUUGAUACGGUUGGGUUCACGGUCAAAGAUUUUGCAGGAAAUGGGGGAUAAAUAUAAACGUAGAUGGAAAUUAAUUAUAAAAGCUUUUUCCCCCACUUUGUGUCUCAGCUUACAUUCCUUUUUCUGUUUUUGUAAUAUUUGGUAGAUGGUAAUAUAAUCAAAAUUUUUUAUUAAAAUUUAAUAAAAAAAUUUGAUUAUAUUAUAUAUCGUAUUACAUAACAGUCCACUAAGUAUAUUUGGGUUGAGAAAUUUGAAAAUAAGUGAGAGCGUAUUAAAAAAAAGUGAUGGGGUUAUGGAU